AUGGAUGAAUGGGUGGAUCCUCCUCGUGGCCGUGAAAACACACGCGCCUUUGAUGCAGCUGACGAUGGCUUUGCCUGCGGAAACUGUGGUGAAUCCGGCCACAUGACUCGUCAGUGCCCCAACGACUCUGUGCCUCUUCGUUCCAAGGGCAAUGACUCCUACGGUGCCUCCUAUGGAGAUGAGUCUGGCGCAGGCUAUGGCGGCGGCGGCGAUGACCGCGCUUGUUUCAACUGCGGCGAGAUUGGUCACAGCAAGGCCGAUUGCACUGAGCCCCGUAAGAUGGGCGCUUGCUUCAACUGCGGCGAGGAAGGCCAUUCCAAGGCCGAUUGUACUCAGCCGCGAAUUUUCAAGGGCACCUGCCGUAUCUGCGAGAAGGAGGGUCAUCCUGCUGCUGAAUGCCCUGAGCGUCCCCCCGACAUCUGCAAGAACUGUCUUGGCGAAGGUCACAAGACUAUCGAAUGUACCGAGAACCGGAAGUUCGAUCUUAAUCAUGUUGCAGACAUGCUUCCUGUGGAGGCUUGGGCUGCAAUGAAGCAGGCUAGUGAUGAACGGGAUCUCGAUGAUUUCCGUGAGGCACUGAAGAUCUACUCCAAGGCAUCCCCCGAGGAGACCUUCGCCGAUAUUGAGAAGAAGAUGCGCGAGGAGGCUUUCAAGAUCCACAUUAUCGCCCUGGAGAAGGAAGUGGAUGACGUGAUGAGUCUCAUUGACCUGCAAGGAAAAUUGGACCGCGAGUACGUCGUUGGACUUUACUUCAGCGGCAAGGCAUCCCGCGGCAAGCUCCGAGAGCGUUGGCCUUCCGACCCCGACGAGAAUCUCGAACGCCUGGCCAAUGCUGGCUUCCCCUUUGACCGCAAGAUCCCAAAGUGUCUUAACUGCGGAGAGCUGGGACAUAUCAGGAAGAGUUGCAAGGAGGAGCGUGCGGAAAUAGAGGAUCGUGUGGAGAUCAAGUGUUCCAACUGCGAGGAGGUUGGCCAUCGUGUGCGUGACUGCAAGGUCAAGCGCAAGUACAAGCAUGGAUGCCGAAACUGCGGAUCUGGAGAUCAUCUCGCGGCCGACUGCACUGAGCCUCGAUCUGCUGAAGGCGUCGAAUGCCGCAAGUGCAACGAACAGGGUCACUACGCCAAGGAUUGCCCCAACGUCGCUGAUCGUGGCCCUCGCACCUGCCACAACUGCGGAUCGGAGGAUCAUAUGGCGCGUGACUGUGAUCAGCCCCGUGUCAUGUUGUGCCGCAAUUGCGAUCAGCCUGGUCAUGCCGCACGCGACUGCCCCGAGCCAAAGGACUGGUCGAAAGUCAAGUGCAACAACUGCGGAGAGAUGGGCCAUACCAUCAAACGUUGCCGCCAGCCCGUGGCAGAGAAAGAAGAGGAAGCCGACCAGCCUUCUUUCUCCCCAGCUGGUUCCCCUCCUCACGGAGCUGUCGAUGAUGCCGAGCACUUCCAGCGUCGUGACCAGGACGACCGUUGGUAA